UUCUGGGUAAAUCUUCAGUGCUACUUCCGUUUCCGGUUUAUAGUUUUGGAAAGCAAAGGCGUACCGGGAAGCAGUGUAAUUUUCCUUUCAAAAUAUGCCUGUAAGUUUGAAUUUUUUACCUGUAUUAUGAAUUAAAUCUUAUCUACAAUUACCUAUUGUAUUGUUUUAUAUUCUAGGCGUAUCAUUCUUCGCUCACAUCGCCCCGAUCUUUGGGGAAUAUGGCGUUGUUGCCACUGAACACAAAAUUCAAAGGGAUGGCCCCUCCGGGAGGUAUUUCGUUAUUUACUUUUAAUAAAAGCUUGGGAUAAGUUUGUGCAACUUAAUUACUCGAUGUUGUAGUCAGUUUAAUGUUAGAAGUAACUCACAUAGCUUAUUUUUGCAACUAUUUAUGUUUAUGGUCUAUAAAAUUUGUUUUUUUUUCAAUAGGUAGUGUUUAUGUUUUGGGGAAGGCAGGGGAGGGAGGGUAAUUUCCUUGUGUAUCAAGUAUAUUUAAAGACACCAGAUUGAAACAUAGGAUUGUAAAUAAAACUGUAAUACAUCAAAUACCAUCUUGGAAGUAUCUUUACAGAAGAGCAAGUUUUCUAUGACAAAUUUUGUGUGACAAGUUUAUUUGUGCUUCUGCGUAUAGACUAUAGUCAUUACAAGUACUUCUAUGACAAGCACACUUGUUCAAACAAAAGCUAGCAUACUAGCUUCUGAAAUCUGAACAAGUGCACUUGUCAAAGAAAAUUUGAUAAAGUAAUGGACAACAAGAUAUAUUGUUGUAGCUAUCGUAGCAGCCUGAAGAUUAAAAUUUCUCAUAGAAUAUUUAUGUACACACAAGUAAUUGGCAAAUGAAACUUGCUGUAUGUGGAUGAAAACUUGUCAUAGAAAACUUGCUCGUCUGUAACUGUAAGGGACUGAUUACAUGCAUUAUAAUCAGGCUAGCGUGCUUACUAAAUAAAUCAUAUUUUCUUUCAAACUUUCUAUGGCAUGGAAGCCAACCAGCCUUCCUGGUUCAUGCUUAAUUUAAACGAUAUAAUUGUCAAUUUCCAUUGCUGGAUGCUAAAAGCCUCCCUCUCACUUCUUCUGAUUUCCAUGUGCGGUAUGCAAUUUGCAGCAAAUCUAAAUACUAUUGUAGAAUUGUAAUAAUGCAAAUUUUUAACUACAGAUGGCUCAACUGACAUUAUUGAAGAGGCCAUCUAUUACUUCAAAGCCAAUAUAUUUUUCAAGAACUACGAAAUAAAGGUUUGAAAUAUUGAGUUCUCACAAUAACACUUCCUUUGUAGUUUGGUUAAGUCAACAAAAUAUUGUUAGAUACAGAAUUCCUAAUUUGUACUUUGUGCACAACACUACAUAUUUUCAACUUGGAGUAUUAAUUGAUAAUUCCUUUUUAGGGCGAUGCUGAUCGUGUGUUAAUUUACCUAACACUCUACAUUACUGAAUGCCUAAAGAAACUACAAAGGGUACAUUAAUUAACAUAUAAAUUCCUGUUUCAGAAUAUUCACUUGUCCAACUGUUUCAUGGCUUUGGAUAAAAUAACAAAGUAGGGUAUGCAGGGCUUGAAAUUUGUACUGUCCCAAUAUCCAUAGGAUACCAGAUUUUAAAAUUGGAUGCUGGACAUCAUAAGCUCAGUACCAUUGGGACACUAAACAAAUUGAAUCUGUCCUCCACAGACACAGUAUUUUUCUGUUGUUUAUAAAUCCUUCUUAAACAUAUCUUAGAUUCAUUGUUUCAGUGUUUGAAUAUUACUAUCUGAACUAGAUUUUGUGGUGGAUUUCAAAAUUUCUAAUUUCAAGCCCAGGCAUGUUAAGGUGUAUUGCUGCCUACUAUAUUACCAAGAGACAUUGGCAGAUAGUGUAGGUAACCUACUGAUGCCUCCAACACAUCCCCGGCCCUUGACAAGUAAAAUUGUCUCAUAAAGAAACUUUAAUUAAGAAAGAAUAACGUAACAAAGUAAGUACUUUGUGAGAUUUGUAGCAAUGAGGAUAUUAUGCAGCACUAUCUUAUUAUCAAGAGGAAAGUUUUUAUUAAAUGUCUUUAAUAAAAUUCGAUUUCUCUUUCAGUGUCAAUCAAAGGAACAAGGCAGGAAAGAACUGCAAACAUUAGCAGUUACAGCUUUUGACAUUCCUGGCGACUCAAAAUUCCCAUUGAAUGCCAUGUAUCAGAAACCCAACUCCAGACAAGAAUCUGGUAAAUUGAAUUGUUUGUUAAAAGAAAUUCCUGGAUGUUGCAUAGCAUGGAUAGUAUCAUAGCUGUCUCCAUGGAGAAGCAUGGUUAGGCCAUGUAAAAAAAUAUCCUUGGUUUAUCAUCAAAGAUUUUUUUAUCGAAUCAUAGUUAGUAGAUGGACAGAAGAAUAUAUGUUCAAGUCACACAGCACAAUUGUAUGGAAUAAUCUUUUCAGAAGCUAUCACACUUUUUAUCUGAAUUGCCAAGAAGUCUGAAGAUCCACCAUGUUCUCACAAACAUCACUUAAAUCUAGUAGUUACAGCAUCAUAGAUGUGCUUGUAGAAAAUCGGAACAAUAUUAAAUAACAGUUGCAAGCAAAAGCAAGGUUUACUAUUUGCCUACAGUGUACAGUACCAUUAGAAAUAUUUUAUUUUGUAGUACAGUACCUUUAGUAAUUACAUUUUUUUCAUUCUACAGAUCAAAUGCGUCAAUACAUGGUUCAACUGCGACAAGAGCUUGGCUUGAGAAUUGUUGACAAAGUUUUUGAUCCCAAAACAGAUAAACCAUCAAAGGUACCAUUAUAAUUAUACCAUUAUUUAUAUACAUAUACUUUAGACAUGUUUAGGUGACUUUCCAUUGUAUAUUACCAUAGUGGUGGAUGUGUUUUACAAAAAGAAAAUUCAUGGACAAAAGUCUCUCUGGCCCUGGUCAAUAAAACAGUUUUGUAAGUAUAAAUUUGCUAUUUUUAUAUUUUCACUUUUUUCAGUCUUACUAAAAAUUGCCCUCGACAAAUUGACAAAGUUCCAAUUGCCAAGACUGUAUCAUUCAUGCAAACUUUUGUAUGUUUUAGGUUGAAAUAUGGCUGGGUAAAACACAAUGAAAUGAAAUUGUUACUGUAGUACAUAAUUUUUGAGGAAAAAAAACAAAAAAGAGUGGUUCCAAUUACUUUGUCUUUAAUUAUAAUAUGAUAUGUUUCAAUUAUAUUGUAAAUCAAUUUUAUAUCUUUGUAAUAAUAAAUAAUGCCAAUGAAGAGCAUUAUGAAGUGCAAAACUGAAUUGUUUUCUUUUCCAAUUUACCACAAAACACUAAUUUACCCUUAACCAUUGAGUUUCAGAUCUCUCCCCUUGAUAAGUAAAAUCAUCUGGCAUUAGAUAGAGUAAAUGACAUUAACUUUCAUACCACAAAUUUAAUUCAGCUGAUUUAAUUUAUUUAUCAAUAUAAUUUUCAAAUGAUGCAUUAAUUAAGUUGUUCAAGAUUAUUUCAUUUCAUAAUUUACGUACACUAGACCAGAGGCGUAGCCAAUGGGGGGGGGGGGAUAAGGGGGGUGUUAGGGGAGGACCAAUUUUGUGAUUUUCUGGGGGACCAUGCCCCUGGCAAGCCAGACAAUUAACCCCCCUCCACUCCCUUGGGGCUGGCUAUGCCCCUGCACUAGACUUUACUGUUCAUUGCCCUUUUGCCCCCGCUCCCGCGCGGGAUUACAGUCUGCUGUCAUUCGACGCUAAUGCCGUACAGCUACCGACGAAAUAUGAUCGGCAGUUUUUCAUUGGUUCGUUUCAAAAUUAUACUUGCAUAAAUUUGCUUAGCUAAUUUCGAGACGAGUAUACCGGUUUUACCGAUUACAUAAAGUUUCUGGGUGCUGUUGGGCAGACAUUGCCACACAAAAGAGCAUUUAACUUUUUGGGAUGAAUAAAUUUGGUAGAAUUUACAAAUCUGGCAUAUUUUUUUUGCCAGUUUAUGUUUCGAUUUCGUUGUAUUGUUUUGCUUGACCUUGUCUAUUGUCUAUUGACCUUGUUUACAUAAUAUAAAGUUCUAUUUAAAGUAACGCACCUGAUUGGAUAAUAAAAUUAGAAAGCCAUUAAAGUGCUGAAGUGCACAAUAUUAUA